GAACAGCCCAAUCCGAUACUAAAGCCUUGCUUGCUCGACCCGCUACAACAACGGAUCCGCUCUCUAUUAAUAAGCGGCGUAAGCAGAGAAAGGAUAAUUGAAAGGGGGGAAGAAGGCGGAAGUCGUCGAUUGUCUUCUCCCCGUUCGCAAUAGGUUGUUUGGGAAGAGCGAGCGAGCGAGGGAGAGCGAUGGCGACCCUAAGCAAGUUGUAUUCGAUGCGAGAAGCCGCGGAGCACAACACCAGGGACGAUUGCUGGGUCGUCAUACACGGCAAGGUGUAUGAUGUGACUUCAUAUUUGGAUGAGCACCCAGGAGGAGAUGAUGUGCUCCUCUCAGCGGCUGGGAGGGACUCGACUGAAGACUUUGAAGAUGCUGGGCACAGCAAAAGUGCUCGUGAGCUGAUGCAAGAUUAUUAUAUCGGGGAGCUAGAUCCAGACACUGUUAUUCCAGAGCUUGAGAUUUUUCGGAAAGAAAAAUCAUCUGCUUUAACCACCAUGCUCAUGAACAAGACGGUGCAGUAUUUGGCAGUCCCUGCGGUCAUCCUUGGGGUCUCAGUAGUUGCCGGCAUUUUGUUCUCACGAAGCAAGUAAUAUGAUCCAAGAACUUCAACAUCAUCCGAUCAGAGUCCUGCAUGAAAGAUGACAUUUCUUUAUACCGAUCGAUAUUGCCCGUUGAUGCCCAAUAUUUUUCAGUCAAAUAAUUCUUGAAUUAGAGACAUGGGAUGUCAUCCUGGGUAAUCACGGGCUGCUACGUUUCAAGUAAUUUUUUAUUGUUUCAGUUUCUGUUUUAGUUGUGUGUCAUUGUUGGAGAAGCAGUUGGUGUUGCUGAUCCUCCCAGAAACCCUUCAUUACAUUCUUCUACUGAAGCACUCUAUUUCAUAUA